CAUUCAUUUGACAACAGCUGUUCAUUCAACGCAACGGAAUGACCAAUUUUUAAUUUACCACCAUUGUUUGAAAAUCUCACUCAUAUUAAUAUCAACGGCGAUUGAUGUGAUUUUGUUUGCGAGAAAUUAUUUAGCUGAUUGUAACUACCUAGUCUACUAUAACGAUAUAAUGGAGAGUACAGACUAUGUGAAAUACACCAGACUUAAUCUCGCUGAUACAUCUGAAUUGACACCAGUUAAGCCUAGAUUAGGAAGAUUCGUUGAUGUUUACUCUCCAGAACAUCUCAAUUUGACACCAAGGCCUUCUAUUGUCCCAAAACUAGACCUAAAUGACUUGAGGAAUGAAAGCCUUAACUGCUUAACUCCAGAAAAAUAUUCAGAAACUGAUUACAAAUGCAGAACGGUCAAACAACAGCCACGCUUACAUCAUGUAUUUAGCUGUUCAUUUGAUGGCAAUCAGAGCUUCCCACGUUUGAACCGCAGGGCCAGACCAAUUAGGAUGGAAUUGGAAACACCAACUAAAGUCAAAUCAUCCAUUGAUCUUGUGCGUGUGGAUGGUCCAAAUGGUCUCCGGUUCAACAGUUCACUCACGGCGGGCGACGUCAGCGGGUCACCAGCACAGUCGCAGACUGACAGACUCCAACAAACCAUAAAUUUGAGCAAGGCGGUCUUCACGAUAGAACCCAACUCUUCUAAAAUCCUAAUAGUGAACAAUAAAGCAUGCUCGCUAUUGGGCUACUCUUCUGGAGAGCUGUGUGGGCUUCGUUUCUCAGACCUUCUCCGCAAUAGAAGCUGCAAGACAUUCAGUCUCCAUGAGCCGGAAGAAGCGGACGGAGCAGAAGAUGGUACCAAUGUGCUUCUAAGUGGAAAGGUAGUAGAAUUGCUCGCAAAAGACGGUUCUGGAGUUCAAGUGUCGUUAUGGAUUCGACAACUGGAUAGUGAUGGACCAUGCUUAGUGGUAGCGGAGCCGGUCAACUGCAAGAAUGUUAUUCUAACGGUGGAAGCGGACAGCGGGGUUAUAACCUCAGUUGAGGGUGAACACGCGGCUCUGCUGUUCCAAGCGGAGUGCGCGGAGAAGUUAGUGGGGCUGCCGGUGGCCUCGCUCAUACCCUCCAUACAACUGCCCGCGUACGAUGCGCCCAUUACCAAAAACUUCUCCAAACAGAAGGCUACAGGUAGAAGUUUGGACGGUGGUUGCUUUCCCUUAUGUCUGUGGAUCUCGCGGGUCGAAACUGAAAAUCCUUGGUCUUCCAUCAAAAGUACUAAAGACAGGCAACUGUUUGAAAUUAAUGUCAGGGUAACAUACAACGUAAGCGGCCUCCUGGUUGUCGACGAAAGUGGCGUCAUCACCGCUUGCAACCACCACUUCGCUAUGUUGACCUUCGGGAAACCUUACUCUGAAGUGGUGGGACAUCACAUAGAACAUGUGAUCCACAACUUCUGCAGGGAAGCCGAUAUGGUCAAGGUGCCAGAUCGGAAUAGAGAUAUGACGCUGUCGCCGGUCAAUAAUGACAACAAUGGAUCAGCUUCGGACACAGACGAAGACUCGUGCGGCGCUUUCAACGGCAGUCAGAAGUCUGCGUGCAUGUCGCUCAAUGUUCACCCGUCCACGCUCUCCGCCGCGAGGGACAAGUCCUCCAGCGCCCUCUGUCUCGACAAGUCAUGUUCCCUCGUCACGCACACCCCCACCCCCACACAAGACAUGGUCUCGAGCAUUAGCACCACUGAACAGAGAAACGACACGUCAGCACUACCCGACGUCGUUUCGGGAAUGUCCGGGAUUUCCAUAGACGAUGAAAACUAUUGCCACAGUAGCAUAUCGAAAUCUAGAUCUGAAAAUAUCUUACGCUCAGAACACAGCAACCCGAUUGUGAAACAUACGAAAACUAAUGAAAAAUCCGAUUCUAUAUAUUACACGUCGCAGCAUUCACAUGAAGUGACACCCGCCGGCAACACGCCAAGAGUUAGAUUGAACGAUCCGUCGUUAAGACUGUCUUUCGAUUCCAGUAAAUAUAAGGCUAUGAAAAACAACUUGCCGGGGCAAGUGAUGAGGGACGAUAAGAGUAGUUUGUCAUUGGAUUUCUGUGAUUCUAAUGAGACUAGCGCGGAUUUCCUAACGCCCAUUAAUGAGAUGCCGCCGCCGGGUUGUGAGAUAGAAGACUUGCCCAAACAUAAUGGGAAUUACAGUAUUAUUAGCACGGACAACGAUUUGGACACGCAAACUGAGUCGGCGCCGAGAAAAACCUAUGAUGAAGAAGCGCCAGAGACUCCGUGCGUAGCUAAACGUCUCAUACGAACGCUGGUGACGACGUCGACGCCGCAACAGGCGCGGGGCGCGAGCGGCCGGGUGGGCGGGGACGGCGACAGCGGGGUCGACUACCCGCGGGAUGGCACUUACAGGGGGGUGGUCAUACAUCGAGAUGGCACCGAACUCAACGUAGUGUAUACGGUGUCAAGCAUGCAGCUGAGCAGCGGACGCGUGCGCUGCGUGUGGCUCGGUGUGUCGCUGGACGACGCGCCGCGGCACACCACGCUCGCCUCCAGCCAGGCCUCCACCGCCGACAACUCGCUGGUCCUGGGCAACAAAUCCGUGAGCAGUAGGCCGCAAUCCAUGUCUCUUAUGAGUAUUGGCGGGGAAGAACAAACGUCAGGCGAAUACAGCAAGCAUUACGUCACGCUCAAGCAAAUUGGUAAAGGCGCGUAUGGCUGCGUGAAGAUGGCGUACCGUCGGUCGGACCGCCUUCUGACGGUCGCCAAGUUCAUGCUGAAGGAGAAGGUCGGCGCUCAGUUCUGGACCGACGCCCCUGACGGACGAAGACUGCCGUUGGAACUGAGUCUGCUGUUGUCUCUCAGCCAUCCUAAUAUUGUUAGCGUAAUAGACGUGUUCGAAAACGAGAAAUACUUCCAAAUGGUAAUGGAGAAACAUGGCGCCGGCAUGGAUCUGUUUGAAUUUAUCGAACGACGACCCCGGCUUGAUGAGCCGUUGCUGAGUUAUAUAUUUAGACAAAUCGGCCAGGCAGUAGAAUACCUCCACUCUCUCAACAUACUCCACCGCGACAUCAAGGACGAGAACGUGAUCAUAGACAACAAAUUCCACGUGAAGCUCAUAGACUUCGGCUCGGCCACGUUCAUGAGCAAGGACACGCUGUUCUCCACGUUCUACGGAACCACAGAGUAUUGCAGUCCGGAAGUUUUGGCUGGGAAUAAAUAUGCGGGGCCUGAAUUGGAGAUGUGGUCGAUGGGCAUAACUCUAUACGUGCUGACCUUCUUCAUAAACCCUUUCUUGGACAUCGAAGAUACGAUACAGGGACCUCUGCAGUUCCCACAACUAAUUUCUGAAGAUUUGGAGCAGCUGCUCCGCUGGAUGCUGUGCAAGGAGCCCUGCAGCCGCUGCACCGUGUCGCAGCUGAUGGCGCACGCGUGGAUACGGCAGCCCGUCGCUAUUUCACAAUAUAUCUUCAGCGACAUCGUUGAUUGCGACCGUCAUGAAGCCAAUCCUGAGAUGUACUACACCGGGAGCCUAGGAACGCCUCGAAGUGGGUCUCCCGUAUCACUUAACAAAGAACGUUCAAAUCCAUCAGAAGCGGUACAGCCGUCUGAUGGACGAGCGGUAUCAAGGGACGAACCCAAACGUAACUCCAUACUCCACGCGCUCUCCGCGGCCGACAGAGAUGCCCACUCUGACAACUACAGCCUUAGAUCUUCUGCUGAUAUACUAGACAUUUCAUCAAAACCCGUGUCAGACGCGGCUCUGACGGACAUAAGUUCUGACGCGACCGGGCACGCCGCCUGCGACAUCGACUACGAUUGCGACCACUACGACUGCGACAGCUGGGACGAGUGCGAGCAGGACAGCUUCUCUUAAACUGAAACAGAAGAUUUUUUUAACAGAUACCACCAAAGAUAAGUUUAGUGUACGACUAAGUCCCGCGGCCCUCCGCGCGUAACUGUACAUCACUACCAGAUCAAUGUUGUUCCACCGUAUUCACUCAUUGUCAUAAUGGAUAACAGUAACCAGUGCCGUGACCAGUGCCUAAGCAAUCAGGCUUAGGCACUGAUCUGUGUAACGUAACGUAUCGGAAUCAGCUGAUCCCCGACCAACUCGGCAUCAAUAUAGCGUAGUAGGGGGGAUGGCAUAACAUAACCUAAUUACGUUAUUAACGUUACUUCAACAACAAAGAAAAUAAUUGCUACAUGAGGUAACCCAUCAAAUACUACGUCCUUGAAAAAGACAGCCUACGACCGUAGACAAAAGCUAUUAACGCAGAGCAUGUCUCAUCGUGUAUUUCUAAUACGCGUUUGUCUUUUUUGUAUGAGCAAAAUGGAACAGUUAGCUGCUAGCUGCUGAUAUUUGUAACGCUUUCAGUGUGACAGCUAUAUUCAAUGUAGCUAAAAAUUUGAAUAACAUCGACAAAUAGACUACAGAGAAAUCUAGCGUAUAGUGGCGACCUCACCCAUGAUUGUGAAUUUAGUUGCACUGACGCAGGAUGUAUGCGGGCGAUAUAUCUUUUGAUUUUAGAAAAUAAUAGAGUAAGAUGCGCUAAUAUUGCUCUCAAUCUACUAGUUUUUCAAAUAUUAAUAAGCAAGGACGCAAUAUACGUCCUUUUAAUUAUUAUAGUGUGUAAAAUUGCUUGUUGCAAUAUUUUAAGUCCGAGUUAAACCUACUAUUCUAAAUAUUUCCAGAACUGAAUUAACAUUUAUACAUCAGUUUCAUGUGAUCUCACAAGUUUAAUCUUUAAAAGUUCGAUCUUUUUUCCGAAACCUUAAAUUUACUUCCUUUAUUGAAAACUUAGAGCGAGUUUGUGUUAACGUUAUGUAUAUCGGGAUCGAAAACUUUCUAUUAUACUAACUUUCUAUUAUAGAGCUAUUCUUUUGUCAGUGGAGUAUUUGCCACACCUUUCUAUCCACGGCUUUACUUAUAUCUUAAAAGGGUUCAAUUCCAACCACGACCUAAAACAUUCCAUGGUGCAUAUAAUUUUUAUCUGGCUGAGUGCUGAUAUUUCGAAUAAUUGUGGUGUCUUGAUUUGAUAAAUGUCUUUAAAUAAUAGAAUAUAGAAGAGGGCGCUGUGUACUCUUGGCUGGCAACACUGUGCUUAUAUCUUUGUAUUAAAAUGGCGUUCGUUGAAAGACAACGGUAUUCUCUCUAUUUUGGUAUAGACAAACUGUAUCAAUAUAGAUACAGUUUGUCUAUAUUACACGUGAAUGUAACGUAAAUUGCAGUAUGAUAUUGAAACAUUUUCCACGAUAAAUUUAUUCCAAUAUUAACCCCCUUCACCUGAAUAGGCUUAAGAUAACAAUUGCUUGCUUAAAAUUAGGUAGAACGGAUUGUGAGUCAGUAUUAUUGUUUCAAUUUUAAUUAGAAUCUAAUUUCCAUUGAUUGAUAGUUUUAGAGAAUCGACCAAGCAUAGAAAAAUAGGGAUUAAUUAUAUCUUAAAAGUUCGAUUACAUGUCUUGUAUGAUAAUAGCUAUACUUAUAGUUUUUAUAUCUUAAUUAGACUUCCACAAUUAAGAUCAAUGUGUUUGUUAGAUUUUCAAAAUAUUAAUUUUAUAGUAAAAAGCCAAAGCUUUAAUAAUCUGACAGGUUUCUAAUUACAUUUAAAGAGUUAUGUCCAAGUACUUUUUCGUU